AUGGCCGUGUUGUCAGUAGUGACACUUCUCCCUGCUCUGGGAACAGGGACUGUUCUCUACUUUUUCGCACUCGCGAUCUACCGAAUCUUUUUCCAUCCUUUGGCCAAAUAUCCAGGACCUCUUCUCUGGAAAGUGACACAAUGGCCUGAAGCCAAAUCAGCCUGGCAAGGAAGAAGACACAUUGAUCUUCAUCUUCUACACGAAAAAUAUGGCGACAUCGUUCGAUUCGCGCCCAACAAACUCUCCUUCCGAACAGCAGGCGCUGUACGUGACGUGUACACAGACCGAAAAGCCAACAUGGUGAAAACAGGCUGGACGGCUGCUGGCCUGAGAAUCAACCCCGGUAUCACCACUCACGUGCUUGCCGACCGUCAACUCCAUGCGGCCCGGAGGAGAUUACUCAACAAUGCUUUCUCAGAGGGUGCCCUGAAGAACCUGGAGACGUAUGUCCUCGAGAAUAUUCGAAUCUGGUGCAAUCAGUUGGCAGAAUCAAAGGAUGGGGCUGAGAAGUCUGGAUGGGGCAAAGAACGAGACAUGAGCCUCUGGUCGACGCUCUUGACGGUCGACGUCUUGGGAGAACUUUGUUUCGGUGCCAGCUUCGGUGCUAUGAAAGCCGGCUAUAGCUAUAUCAUGGAGCUGCUCCUGUCAAGCGCCAGGUUCCAAACCAUGGUGGCCUUCCUCCCCAUCCGCGAAUUCGUUUUUCCUUUGAUGAAACCUCAAAUCCUUAUGGCCAUAGGAAACAAGAAAGUGAAGCAAAAGGUCAUGUUUCGACGAGACGUGGGCAAGUUGGUCGAGAAACGAUUCGCGCUCGAAAAAGCCAACGCCGAGAAGCCGGACAGUGAGAAACGCAAGGAUUUCUUCCAUUACCUUCUCCAUGCCACGGACCCGCAGACCGGCGACAAGUUUCUUCCCAAGGACCUCGUGGGAGAAGCGGCCCUCCUCGUGGGUGCGGGUGCCGAUACCUCAUCGACCGCCAUGUCCGCGUGCUUUUUCUAUUUGAUGCGGCAUCCCCGUGCGCUGAAGAAGUUGCAGGAUGAAGUCCGCUCGGCCUUUUCCGACGUCGAAGAAAUCCGAUAUGGCGCCAAAUUGAACAACCUCCCCUACCUACGCGCCUGCAUCGACGAGGCCAUGCGCAUGUCGCCGCCCGUUCCCGGCUUGCUCGAUCGCGAAUUGUUACCGGGCGGCGCCGUGAUCGACGGCAUCCAGGUACCCUACGGUACUAUCGUCGGUGUGUCUUGCUACGCCCUGCACCACUCAGAGACAUACUUUCCGCGCUCCUUCGAAUUCAUUCCCGAACGCUGGAUUGCCGGGUCCGACAAAUCCGACGCAAACGGUCUCACCGUGACACCUGCCAGCGUCGAAAUCGCGAAGUCGGCUUUCCACCCCUUCUCCUCCGGCCCGCGCGGCUGUGUGGGCAAGAACAUGGCAUACAUGGAGCUGCUGAUCGCCAUCGGACGGGCCGUGUACUUGUUCGAUAUGCGUUUGAAGGACGGGGAUGACAGGGGCGCAGGACGAAGUGGGUGGGAAGAUGGACGUGAGAAUCCCGACGAGUAUCAGUUGCAUGAUUGGUUGAUUUCGAGUCGUGAUGGGCCGGUGUUGGAGUUCAAGCCCAGAGAGGAGCGGGAGGUAUUGGCGAAUUGA